ACAGCGCAUGCGUGGCAGCAGACACCUUGCUCGCCUUGGGCGUGUACCAGUGUACAGCGGAUUCCUCCACCGCCCUUCUAGGAAAGCGUCGUUGGGACUGCUGCUUCGCAUCUGUGUGUCGUUUGUCGGCCCUCCGGCGAAAGUUAUAUCAACACGCCAACAUUUGGGAGUUUAAAAUUAAACUAAAGAGUUGACGGAGAUUGGAAGCAACGUCUUUUUUGGAAGUCGGAAAGCGUCGUUGGGACUGCUGCUUCGCAUCUGUGUGUCGUUUGUCGGCCCUCCGGCGAAAGUUAUAUCAACACGCCAACAUUUGGGAGUUUAAAAUUAAACUAAAGAGUUGACGGAGAUUGGAAGCAACGUCUUUUUUGGAAGUCGGUGUCAUGUCCAAGUCAGACUAUCCUCCGGACUACAACGCGAGCCACGGACCUCUGUACCCACCUCAGGGUUCUAACUACCCCCAGCCCCCUGCAUAUGGCUUUCCUAGCUAUGGUGGUCCCCAGCCAGGCCCGCUUUCGGCACCAUACCCCUCUUCUUUAAACGCCCCUCUUUAUCCCGGACAGCCAGCAGGCUAUCCCCCAGGCCCUUACCCCGGACAGCCCCAACCUGGUGGGCCUCCAGGCUACCCGAACCCACCUCCCAUGCCACCUGUCCUCCCACCCACCAUACCAUCAGAUAUGAUUAGCUCCGGAGAGGAGUUUGCUGCAAGAGGCAGCAACUGGGAGGAUUUGAGGGUUCGGCACUCUUUCAUCAGAAAGGUGUACUUAAUUUUGGCAUCUCAGCUCCUGCUUACUACCGCCAUUGUUGCCAUUUUCACAUUUGUCCAUCCGGUCAAAACCUUCGUAAGGGACAACCCGGCUGUGUAUUGGGCAUCAUAUGCCAUAUAUAUAAUCACCCACAUUGUGCUGGUGUGCUGCAAGGGCCCCCGGAGAAAGUAUCCAUGGAACCUUAUUCUGCUUCUCAUCUUUACUCUGGCACUGUCCUACAUGACUGGAACCAUAUCCAGUUUUUAUGACACAAAAUCUGUGUUCUUGGCUCUGGGGAUUACUGCCGUUGUCUGCAUCGCCGUCACCGUCUUCUGCUUCCAGACAAAGGUUGACUUCACCAAAUGCCAGGGCCUUUUCUGCGUGCUUGGGAUUGUUGUGUUUGUGACUGGGAUCAUCGCCGCCAUCGUGCUGUCAUUCAAAUACAUCCUUUGGCUGCACAUGCUCUACGCCGCUAUCGGGGCAAUUGUCUUCACUCUGUUCCUGGCAUAUCACACGCAGCUGCUGAUAGGAAACAGGAAGUACUCAAUCAGUGAAGAGGAGUACGUGUUCGCCGCGCUCUCCAUCUAUGUCGACAUAGUACAAAUCUUCCUUUUCCUGCUGCAGAUUAUUGGCGCCUCCAAAUAAGAAAUUCAGAUGUAGAUCAGAAUCUGGGUUUGAGGAGAAAGCAUUAAGUAACAAAAACUAUUUUAUUUUCAUAUUCGUUUAUAGAUUAAAGGAAAAUGUCUAAGGGCUAAAUAUUUACCAAUGUAAAUGAAACUUUCAUACUAAUUUUUUAUUGAUAAUUUAGGCAUUUACAGAUGUGUAUAUAUUUCAGUAUAAAGCUAGAAUACAACCGUUUACUUGGUAGUAAUGCUUCUUGUAUAUUGUUAGAGAUGACGGUUUAACUAUCUGAAGGAAAUUAAGUAUGUAGAUAAUCUAUUGAAUGUGUUGGAACAGUUGUUUGGAGUUAUGUUCACUUAAAUGCUUUUUUUUUGACUGUUUACAGACGGUAUACUACAUUUAUGGUGUUUUAGGCUGUUCUCAUGGUUCCAAAUAGACUGUACUAUGAAGAACAAAGUUAUUUUGAGUCAUA